UUUUUACGCUGAUGACGGUGGCAGGAGGCGCAGGUUCGGUUAGCUUAGCGACGUUAAGAGGGAGGAGAACUACCUGCUAAGAUAAUAUAAUUUAAAAACUACACAACUAAAACAGGAAGAACCGAAGGAUGAUAUAAACUAACGAGGGAAACGCGGAAGUAUGAAAACCCGAGGAACAUCCGGGUACUGACGCGGGUUAGGAAACGGCUCUUUAACGUUUGUUUUGAGAGGCCUGAUGCUAAGUGCUAACUGCUAACCGCCGCCGGGACACACCGGGCCGAGAGAGAGCACCGGAGCUCCGUGGGCUCCGUGGGCUGGGUCCGACCCACCGGGUUUCACCGAGACGAAGACACGGUGUCCCGGAUGAAGUCUCCCCGUGAGGCGUGGAUUCAGUCAGGACUCGCCUGUUCUUGGCUUUCUUAACCCUCUCACCAGCUCCCAGCGCCGCCUCCCGCUCGCCUCCCGCCAUGAACCGCUACCUGCCGGUGGCGCGGCAGCACUUCCUGGCCGCCCUGGCCAGCACCAGCGUGGUGGUGAAGGCCAUCAGCGCCGUGGUGGUGCUGCUCUACCUGCUGUCCUGGGCCGUGGACACGCCCUACGCCCUGGCCGUCACGCCCGGGUACCUCUUCCCGCCCAACUUCUGGGUGUGGACGCUGGCGACGCACGGCGCGGUGGAGCGGCACGUCUGGGGCGUGGCGGCCAACGUGGGCACGGUGAUGGCGUGCGGGCGCCUGCUGGAGCCGCUGUGGGGCGCCCUGGAGCUCCUGAUCUUUUUCGCGGUGGUCAACGUGUCGGCGGGGCUCCUGGCGGGACUCUCCUACCUCCUCACCUACGUGGCCACCUUCGACCUGGACUACCUGUUCGCCGUGCGCGUGCACGGAGCGGCCGCCUUCCUGGGAGGAGUCCUGGUGGCGCUGAAGCAAACCAUGGGAGACACGACGGUGCUCAGAGUCCCACAGGUGAGGCUGAAAGCCGCCCCCGCUCUGGUCCUCCUCUUCCUGGCCUUGCUGCGUCUGUCCGGGCUGCUGGACAGCGCCGCCCCCCUGGCGGCCUACAGCUACGGCGCCCUGUCCGGCUGGAUCUACCUGCGCUUCUACCAGAGACACAGCCGGGGCCGCGGCGACAUGUCCGACCACUUCGCCUUCGCCAGCUUCUUCCCCGAGGCCCUGCAGCCGGCCGUGGGCCUGCUGGCCGGACUGGUCCACGCCGCCCUGGUCAAGGUGAAGGUCUGCAGGAAGAUGGUGAAGAGGUACGACGUGGGCGCCCCCUCCUCCAUCACCAUCAGCCUCCCAGGGACCGACCCCCAGGACGCAGAGAGGAGGAGACAACUGGCGCUUAAAGCCCUGAACGAGCGCCUGAAGCGCGUGGAGGACCAGUCGGCUUGGCCCAGCAUGGACGACGAGGAGGACGAGGACGAGGACGAGGUCCGGACCGAGUCUCAGCCCCUCCUCCACGGCGGCCGGGACCCGUCCUCCUCCACCUCCUCCUCCUCCUCCACAGCCAGAACGACCAGCGGCCCCAUGGGCUCCUCCGCCUCCUCGUCCUCGCAGGGCGGCGGCGGCGGCGUGGGAGCGGCGUCCUCCUCGGGCGGCGGCGGCGUUCAACACCCAGAGUCCAGCAUCAUCAGCUUCGAAGAUGCGCCGUCUAGAUCGUAGCGAACGGACCCGACGUUUUCACAUGUGAUGCACUAGUCUCUUCUAGUCCACCGGUUUAUUCAGAGACACGCCGCUCUCUCUCAACGCCAUCAAAACAUAUGAAACCUGUACAGAUGUUUCCGCUCGGACAUGUUGGUUGUAAAACGUUGGGGCGAACUUUUCUCCUCCUCCUCCUCCUCCUCCUCCUCCUCCUCCUCCUCCUCCUUCCCCCUCCGGUCCAGGACACGAACCCCCGACCCGCUGAGCUCUGUUCACUGCUUCGUGUGUCUCUAUGCUUUCUGAAUAAAUAACUAACGUGGGUGUGCAACUACUGUCGGCCAGAUCUGUUCUUUUGUCGCCCGCCACGGGGAAAACGACACGGAUCCUGGUUCUGGUUCCAGGUAAGAAGAAGAAGAAGAAGAAGAUGCUGCUGAUGAUGAACUAAUGACACCAAACCAAGAAGAAGAAGAAGAAGAAGAAGAACCAGGUGUUUCCAGGAUAAUUUGAAGAAGUCGUAUCUGGACGUACACGCAGAGAACUGAACCACAUCUCCUCUUCUUUUCGUUUUUUCUUGAUGAAAUGAACUCUCAGAUCUGUGGUCGGCCGUCCUGUUUCAUGAUUUCAUGUUUUUCUUUUGAAGCUCCUCAUCCCGUUCACAUUUAGGAUCUGAAAUCGAACGUCGCGCUGCUGCUGCUGCUGCUGCUGCUGCUUUAUCAGAGCAGAGGCGUGAGAACGAGCCUUUGUUUAAAAACGGUUCAUAAGCAGUUUGCAUCUUUUUCACAUGUCUGUUAUUGCGUGAGGUGAUUUAGUCUUCGGGGGCUGUAGACGUCCCAGUGUGGUGGAGGUGGAGGUGGAGGUGGAGGUGGUGGUAACCAAUCCAAUCAUUGAAUUCCCAGUUCUUGUCCUUUUGUGAUUAAAAGUAAUUUGCAGCCAGUAAAUUAAUGACGGAUGUGAACUUUUAACUCGGGCUGCGUUUAGAUUGUUUCCAGUCUGACUGGAUGAGUAACGCCUUUAUUUAUUCUGCUAUUUGUUUAAUGAGGAGCGACUUGGAAGUGGCCUUUAGUCCCAGGAUAGAGCAGCAAAGUCACAUCAUAAACAUCCUUCACCUGGAACACGGUUAAAAUACGUAUUUAAUUUCCAGAGAUUCCAAAUCUGAAAUCUAAUUUAAUCCCCCUCCUUUUGUUUUUAGCUUUUAGCUUUUAGCUUUUAGCGUAGCGUCUUGGAGUGGAGCUUUUCUGGAGUAGCAUCAAGGAAGAACGUGAAUGGAUUCGUUGAACUCGCCGCCCUGAACGAGUGGGAAGUGAUAAGCCAUAUUAGAGCGACAGCGUUCUGCUUCUUCCGGUUCUAUCUGGUUCUUCUUGUUCAUUUUGACACUAAAGGUCGAGCUGCAGUCGGUUAAGACGACAGAGAAUCAAUCAUCAGUGCAGCCACAUUCAUUAGAAAGAGGAAGGUUUAUCCAGAGAUAAACCAAAGGGAACGGGACUUGUUGAGUUUCUAGAAGUCUAGAAGUUCUAAAGGACUCAUUGUGUUCAAGAAAACCACAAACAAGUCCAAUUCUCUUUGGGGAAAAACAUGAUCUGGAGAAACUCAACAGACGUCCUCAGUCAUCCAGGUCAUGAUGUGUCCAAGAAACAUGUUGAGUUGGAUGAAGACGUUUCAUCCAAGAAGGUCUGUGAGGGUUCAGUUAAUAAGCUAAACAAAGACAGUUUGAGGGUUUUCUUGAAGAAGUUGCACCACUCGUCCAAGAAGUUUCUUCAGUUCUAAAAGACUGGAUGGUUAAACCUCAGCAGACGUCCCCCGUCAUCCAGGCCCUGGUAUAUCCAUGAUGGUGUUGUUGAAGACGUUUCAUCCAGGAAGGUCUGAAGGUUCAGUUAACAAACUAAACAAGGACUUUUCGGGGGUUUUCUUGUAGAUGUUUCACCGCUCAUCUAAGAAGCUUCUUCAGUUCAGAAGAAAUAUCUAAAAGAACUUGGAUGAAAUGUCUUCAUGACAAGACCAAUGGAUGGACGUCUGUUGAGGUUCUCCAGGUCCUGAUAUAUCCAGAAAACAAAGCUACACCAACGUGAGCUGGACUUGAAGGUUUAUUUGUGCCAUUAAUCGAAGGAGCUUCUUCAGUGGCUGAAAACCCAACAGGUUCAUGGUCAUCGAUGACUCAGACAAGGUGAAACAAGGAUGUGUUGUUGAGUUGGAUGAAGAACUUUCAUCCAAGAAGGUCUGAAGGUUCAAUAAACAAACUAAACAAGGACAUUUUGGUGGUUUUCUUUUCACCACUCAUCUAAGAAGCUUCUUUAGUGUAGAAGAAAUGUUUAAAAGAACUUGGGUGAAACAUCGUCAUGACCAGCGCAAUGAAUUACUGUGGGUCUGUUGAGGUUCUCCAGGUCAUGAUGUAUCCAAAAACCAAAGUUACACCAGGAGAACUGGACCUGGAAGUAUCUUUUGUGCCACUAAUCCAAGGAGCUUCUCCAGUGGAUGAAAUGUCUUGAAGAAAACUAAACAGGUUCAGAGUUGACUCAGACAAACUGAAUCAAGAAUUUGUUGUGUUUUUUGAGCUGAACAAGCAAAACAUGGAUGAAGAUGAUCCAUCCAUGGAGGUCCAGGAAGUUCUUGAAGAUGUUUCACCACUUUUAUGAAGCUUCCUCAGUUCAGAACAAAUAUCUAAAAGAAACGUUUUCAAGAAGACUGUACAAGUCCAGUUGCCUUUGGUUUAGCUUUGUGUUUUUUGGAAAACCUCAACAGACAUCAACAAAAAAAAAAAGGCCACUGGUCGUGUUCGGUUUUCUUGAAAAGUUUCACCACUUAUCCAAGAAGCAUUCCUAUUGUUGCAGCUUGUGUUUGACCUGGACGACCGGGAACCUUCACAGAGGUUCACUGGAGUCCUGCAGAGGUUCUUGAAGACGUUUCAUCCAUUCUUCUGUUGUAAAAACCUGCUGGGUAGAGGAUCAGCAUCAGGAUGUAACAGACUGAAGUCAUGUGAGUUCACUAGUUCACCUUCACCUCCAGCUUCACCCUCAUGUUCCUAUGUCUGUGGUAGAGGAGAAUAUUGUCUGUACGACGAACUAGAAGGAAUAAACUCCCAAACUUCACGUGUUCUCUGGUUGGUUUCUGGUCAGUGGCUGAAAGAAAAGACAACAUUCACCUGAAUGUAGAAGUGAAUCACUACCCAGCUUCUCCUAGAGCAACCGGCCACUUCAUUAGGUCCAGUACUGAACUCCUGCUCCAGAUCUAGUCUUCAUGAAGGUUUUGGUGUUCAAAGUUUCAUUGUAUCUUACAGUUCUAUUGGAGGAUUUAGAUCAGAAUGGAUUCACUACUGUACCUAAUAAAGUGGCCGGUGGUGCCACAGUCGAGUUAGAAGUCAUAUUGUAAAAAAAAAAAUGUCUUCCGGUCCCGAAAUGAACAGAUUGUAGACGAGGCCGAUGGGUUCGUUAAAGAUAAAUCACUCACUAUGUUUAGUUUGUGUUUUCUUUUUUUCAUUUUUAUGUUUCUGCUCCAACGAAUCUCAUUCACACUAACGUCUCUGACUCUGUCUCUGUCUCUGUCUCCGUCUCUACUGUGAUUGUUGCACAGAGUUUUGUUAUUUCUUUUUCUCUUUAUGAAAUAAAAGACGAUUGUAUGAAAUUUCA